CUCUCACGUCUAUCUUGAAUUCAUAAUCACAUAAUCACGAUGGCGAUCAAGUCCUCUGUCCUCGCCUCUUUGGCGCUGUUUGGCUCGGCUCUGGCUCAGAGCGUUGAUGGUUCUCAGUACAAUAACCCAACCGCUGGUCCUCCUGCUAGCUUCUUUGCUGCUGCUACCACUGUUCCUGUUGCGGCGCUGCAGAGUGCUGCUGCGAAGGCGAGCACUGCGGCUAAGGAUGCCACUUAUCCUAUCAAUGGUGAUGGCGGAGCUCCCAAGUCUACUAUUCACAGUGACUGGACCAACUUCAGCGAGGGUGCUGCCUUUGUCUGGGUUGCCGAUAUGGAUGUGGACUGUGAUGGCCUCGACUACAAGUGCAAGGGCAACCCAGAUGGACAGCCUAACACCAACUUCGGUGCUCUGGCCGCCUACGAGGUCCCCUUCUUCGUGAUCCCCGACAAGUUCGGCACGACCUAUGCAAACGUCCUCCCUGGAAACAACAUUGGUGCCGUCAUUUGCAAUGGCAAGAUGUUCUACGGUAUCUACGGUGAUACCGACGGCGAUAGCCCGCAAGUCAUCGGAGAAGCUUCGUGGCUGAUGGCUCGCACCUGCUUCCCCAACGACGACCUGAAUGGAAACAGCGGCCACGGUGGUGUCGAUGUCACCUACAUUCUCUUCACCGGCAAGGACGCAGUCCUCCCCAGCAGCGCCCUUAACAAAAACUACGUCACCAACUUCAGCACCCUCCGCUCCAUGGGCGACAAACUGAUCACCGCGUUGGCAAAGAACCUCAACCUCGUCUCCGGUGGCGGUCCGUCCACUACCACCUUGACUACCAAGGUCUCUUCUACCACUACCAGCACCGGCUCCGGCUCGACUAGUACCUCGUGCUCGUGGGCUGGUCACUGUAUUGGAAGCUCUUGCUCUUCUAACGAUGACUGCUCUGAUGCGCUAGUUUGCAAGAGUGGGAAGUGUGCGGCGUCGGGGUCUACUUCUGGUGGUUCUUGCUCGUGGGCUGGACAUUGUGCUGGUGCUUCUUGCUCUUCUAAUGAUGAUUGCUCGGAUGAAUUGGUCUGCAGCAGCGGCCAGUGUGCUAGUGCUUAAACGGGUCGCUUAUGGGCCUUUGGGAUAUAGUACGAAGAGUAUAUAUGAUGAGAAUCUGUUGAUGGGGUAGGUGUAAAUAUUUGAGAUGAUUAGGAAUUACUUUACUACGG